GAGUUUACAACACGUUAUGAGUCUCUAAAACCCUAAUUCUUUUGGCCGCCCUCUCCCUUCCAGUCUGCCGCGAUCCACCGUGUAGCUUAUCUUCUUCUUUUACGUUCAAACACCGUACAAUUGGUGACACACACAAAUCUCCGUUACACAUCCAAAUCAAGAUACGUUUUCCUAUCAUAUAUUACUAUUACCCUUAAGAUGGCGGAGAAUACGGAACAAUCACCGGAUGACCGGCGGCGGCAGCCCGGCCGGUUGCAGAGGAAAGCGCCGGCGUCGAUCCAGAUUAACCCCACCACGGAUUGGAAUGUGGCAAUACCACUUCUAUCGCCAUUGAUUACAUCGCCUGUUUCGAGCGAUUUGACGGCAUCAGUUGAAUUGUGUUCGAAUUCGAGUCGGGAGUAGGAGACGGUGAAAGAGGCGGAGAAGUUGUCGGCGACGGCGACAGUGGUCAAGGGGUGGAAACAUCCGGCCGUACCGUUUUGCUCCGAUCUGGCUCCGCUAGUGAAGUUGGUCUUUUCUGGAAGCAACGAUCGAUGAUCUCAGAUCUGUAUGCAAAACGGAACAAUCACCCAUUGCAGAGUACACCCGUGGAUUUCAACAAAAGUAGUGUUUUACAUUGCUUGUGGCAAAGUGGGCAGUGCACACUGAACAUAUCAUAUUUCUUGGUCGCCAGUAAUCGGUCCGCUAUUUGUUUUCAAUCACUGCUCUCACGGUCCAGAUGCUUAGUGGGCAUAAAUUAAAAGAAAUUAUCAAAAUACCACAAUGGUAGGUAGACACUGAGAGAAGGUUUUUGAAGGAGUUGAAUGGAAGAUAAAUUCCAUGACAUAUGCUAGAUUAUAUAUAUUCUUCAAUUAAAGAAGAUGUGAACCUGAAGUUCAAGAAAGAAGAUUGUACUAAGAUAUUGCAAAUAAAGUGCUCAUUAUGAAUUUUAUGUAUCAAUUGUAAACACUUUGAAAGAAAAUGAACGAACCGAGCAUGUUGAUAUAAAAAAUAAUAUCAACGAACAAUUUGUUUCAAAUGAGGAUUUAACCAUCUCUGAAGAUGCGAAUAAUUCAGAUGAAGAUAGAAACGUUGAUAAUUAUGAGAUUUCAAUAAAUUACGUUUCUACGG